GUGGGUUCAUUCAGUUUAGUAGCGUGUUUGUCAUACUCUCGACACAAACUCUAUUGUCUCAUAUAAAAUAAAAUAAAAUUUUAAAUUAUUGCAACUCGUAAAAAAAAAUCAUUAUUUUUUAAAAUUCAAAUAUUCAAAUUUUCCCACCACUUAUUUUAAAAAAUAAUUAAAAAAUUUUCUUAACUAUAUUUACUUUAAUUGCGUAUAAUUAAGAGGUGCUAUUAUUUUAAUUAUUAAUAUGUUUAUUAUUUUAUUGUGUUGCAAUGACAGUUUCAUUUACUGAUUAACGAUUGAGUGGAGCUUGAAGCAUAAUGAAGAGCAUUUAAAUUUAGGGUGCGAUCGAAUGACCUCGAGGAUCCUGAAAGAGGACGAAGAGGACGAAGAAGCAGCGAAAGUAGACUGGAUCUACCGGUGACAAAUUUUAUGACCAGGUGUAAUUGUCGGUGAUGGACAAUGAGCAGCCGCAUCAGGAGCUGGUCAAGUGUGUCGUUGUGGGAGACACGGCAGUUGGCAAGACCAGGCUGAUAUGCGCCCGUGCCUGCAACAAACACGUAUCGCUAUCGCAAUUGCUCACCACCCACGUACCCACGGUCUGGGCCAUCGACCAGUACCGAAUUUACAAGGACGUCCUUGAGCGCUCCUGGGAGGUCGUUGACAAUGUAAACGUAUCACUCAGACUAUGGGACACCUUUGGAGAUCAUGAAAAAGAUCGAAGAUUUGCUUAUGGAAGGUCUGACGUUGUACUACUAUGCUUCUCCAUAACAAAUCCCGUGUCUUUACGCAACUGCAAGUUGAUGUGGUAUCCAGAAAUUCGACGGUUCUGCCCUCAGACUCCAGUCCUGUUGGUUGGUUGCAAAAAUGACCUGAGAUAUAUGUACCGUGAUGAGACAUAUCUCAGUUACUUUCGUGACCGCAGUCCAUUUGUCAGAGCGACAAGAAAAAGUGAUUUAGUUAUGCCAGAUCAAGCACGUGCUGUUGCCCGUGAACUUGGAGUACAUUAUUACGAAGCAAGUGUGUUUACUUACUACGGAGUAAAUGAAGUCUUUGAAAAUUCAAUCCGGGCGGCACUUAUUGCCCGUCGUCAGCAGCGAUUUUGGAUGACUAAUUUAAAGCGUGUGCAGCGACCACUACUUCAAGCACCGUUUUGUCCGCCCAAACCGAUACCACCAGAAGUGCAUUUAGCGCCCAGUACCUACGAGGAAAAUAUGAAAGCACUUUGGAUGCGUCCUGUUCAUACGGACGUAACGUUGAUUGUCGGUAGUUGUACAUUCUCGGCUCAUCGCUGUCUUCUGGCAGCUGCAUCUCCAGCUUUUCAUAGAUUAUUUUCUAUGGAACUUGUUCAUGAACUUACACCUCGCAGCUCUAGUGAGAGUAGUAUGGUCAGCACAUUUGGUGAAGCUACUGUUGGUGAUUUUAAUGAUGACACUGAAUGUCUUAUUCGUAAUGAUCAAGUUAAACCAGCUAAAGUAUGGGAACAAUUGAAACGUCGUUCAAGUUUUCAAGUAUUGCCAACAAUGGAUCAAAGAAAAGCAACUGGAGCAUCCCGCGAACUAAAUCAUCCAGCUUUUCAAAAUAUUCGCAUUAAUCUUACGGAAAAUUCAAACGGAAUCCAACAACCGACGACAAUAGUAACACUUUCAAAAUUAAUAACACCCCAAUCAAUGCAACAGUGUCUUCAAUUUAUUUACACCGGAAGUUUGGAUAAACGUUAUCAUGAUUUGCAAACAGCUCCAAUCGGGUUGUUACUGGAAAUACGUCAAGCUGCUGAAUUUUUGGAACUGCCCCAAUUGCUCAUGGUACUGGGUAGCAUACAAGCAAGAUCACAAUUUAUGAAUAGCGAUUUGAAUAAUCAGUAUAAACAAGUUGUGAGACAGAGAUUAGAAGACAUUUGUUUAGAACAAGGUUUAUUUGCUGACGUAAUGUUUGAACUUGAUGAUGGUAACAUGUCAGCACAUCGUGCGAUAUUAACAACAAGAUGUGAUAUGAUGAAAGCUAUGUUUUCCGGCGAUUAUCGUGAAAGUAGUGCUAAAGUUAUUGUGUUUCCUGGUGUACGUGAAUAUACAUUUCAUAAAUUUCUUUGUUAUUUGUAUACCGACCAAGUGCCACCGAUAUCAUCAGCACGUUGUCUAAAUCUUUUAGAAUUAGCGAACAGACUUUGUUUACCACGAUUAAUAAAUUUAGUUGAGAGUAGAGUAAUCGAAGAUUUAGAAAGAUUAUCACAAAAUGAUGGUAAUGAAGCUGUCGAAAGUUGUUUACGUUUAUUAGAACCUUGUAAGCUUCACAAUGCUAAUCAACUAGCCGAUUGGUGUAUGAACCAUUUGUGUGUUAAUUAUAAUAAACUUUGUAAAAUGUCACCGCGAAGUGUACGGUUACUUGAUCCAGAUAAUCAAGAGUAUUUGAAUGAACAUCGUUGGCCACCUGUUUGGUAUUUAAAAGACUACGACUACUACCAAAAAUGUUUGGCUGAAUUAGAUAAAGAAAACAAACCGACGUUGAAACGUAACCGCAAUCAAUCAGGAUGUCUCUGUUUCACGGGUUCAAGUAAAACUUCCCGAAAAGAAGAAACUGGUGGCGGAAGAUCAGGUGCAUCUGGUGGUGAUGCUAAUGCAGAACGACCGUUAUUUGAAGCAUCAACAAAUGAAUCUGGUGAGGUUGUAUGACAUGAGCUACGCGGCUCAGGCCGCCGUUCAAUCAGAUUUAUUCUGAUGCCUGUGCUCAUAAUAUUCAUCUGCACUAUUUUUACUAUUUUGAUACUGCUACAGAUUUAUACUUAAGCCGUGUAAUAAAUAUACAUAUAUAUCGUAAUAAAUAUAUACAAUUAAUAAACUA